AUGUCCGAGUUUAAAGUUAAGGCCGGUUUGGCCCAGAUGUUGAAGGGCGGUGUCAUCAUGGACGUGGUCACCCCUGAGCAAGCUAUCCUUGCUGAGAAGGCUGGUGCUUGUGCUGUCAUGGCGUUGGAGAGGAUCCCCGCGGAUAUGCGUAAGUCCGGACAGGUGUGCCGUAUGUCUGACCCUCACAUGAUUAAAGAAAUCAUGGCUGCUGUUUCGAUCCCAGUGAUGGCAAAAGUUCGUAUUGGCCAUUUUGUUGAGGCGCAGAUCUUGCAAGAAUUGCAAGUUGACUACAUCGACGAGAGCGAGGUGCUGACCCCAGCGAACUGGUCAGAACAUAUUGCCAAAAACAGUUUCAGUGUCCCAUUCGUGUGCGGUGCCAAGGAUCUUGGUGAGGCCCUAAGAAGAAUCAACGAGGGUGCCGCAAUGAUCCGUACGAAGGGGGAAGCAGGGACUGGGGACGUCUCCGAGGCAGUCAAGCACAUCUCCAAAAUUAAUCACCAAAUUAAGGAACUGAAGGAUACUUUGAAAUCCGACGAAGAAUUCGAAAAAGCUGCUAAGGAGCUACGUGUCCCAGUUGAUUUGCUGAAGACUACUUUGCAAUUGGGUAAACUACCUGUGGUGAACUUUGCUGCCGGUGGGGUCGCCACUCCGGCGGAUGCCGCCCUGCUGAUGCAGUUGGGCUGUGAGGGGGUCUUUGUUGGCUCUGGUAUUUUCAAGUCUUCUAACCCUGAGAAGUUAGCGCGCUCCAUUGUCCAAGCAACUACCCACUACGACAACCCAACCAAGUUGCUAGAAGUUUCUAGCGACCUGGGUGACCUGAUGGGCGGUGUUUCCAUCGAGUCCAUUAACCAGGGCGCUAAUAACGGCACAAGAUUGUCAGAGAUUGGCUGGUAA